AUGAGCGAAGCCUUGUCACUCGCGGCGUCGAAAAACGCGGAUCCGUCUGACGAUGAGUCCGUGUCGGGGGAAUUGGGACUCGACAUCGACACUGACGUUGUUGUGGUCAUGAUUGGUGCAGAUGACGACGAUGAGCUGGUGCCGGACUUGGCCUUUGGAGUGAUGAUGAUUUCCACGUUGUCUUCUUCCGAGUCGAUGUCGAGUUUGGCCAAGGCUGGUGACAGUGCUCGUGAUUCGAUUCUUUUACCGCCGAACGACAAAUCACAACUCACCGCCCCAAGGGAAUUAAAAAAAAACCCGAGUCAAGCAUGUCUUCAUCUUUGUGGUACCCCCGGGUACCACUGGGGACAUCCGACCGGCGCGGAAGUCGGCAACCAACUGAAGCCCGGUGCGCCACAAGCAAGCCGACAAGAGCAAAACGAAGCCGAGACAUCGGAAUUAUUCUCACUUCCUGUUUCCGGGUUCCGGGACGCCAUAAAAAGUUUGGAGGUUUUCUGCGGAAGUUGUUUACUUCAUUCAGAGGAAGAAAAAGCGGGGAUAGUUACGCCAGGAAUAACUGCCUGGGUACUACUGGGCGAGUACUCAGUACUGAGUACUCGGUUUCGGCGCGCGUGGGUGUGCAUGUUUCGCGCCGAGUACCGCGGCGAGGGUACUGCGAGACUGAGCGGGGUGCGCUUAUCCGCGAGUGAAAUCCAGACCCACGCGCGGCUCCGAGUUCUUGGCGUUUCGAGGCUGUUGCAGCAGGUGGUUGUGGUGGUGGUGGUGGUGGUGGUGGGGAUGAUGGGGGGUGGGGUUACCGGGCAUUGGGUGGGUGCUCAUUCGUUGGGGCUGUGCAUGGGUAUGUACAUACGCGUGCGGGUGUUUGUUAUUGAGGCAGCCUUCAUAUGCUGGACUAGCAGAAUAAGACUGCGGAUUCUCAGGCAUGACACAUCACGGCAGCAGGAAGACGUGAUUUACGCAUUCAAAAACGGAGGUACAAUGCCUUCAACACAUCAAUCACUCAUGAUGGAAUGCCAAGAAUAUGGAGAAGGAAUGGAAUCCAUGGAUAGGCAGUACAGUGGUAGUGGAAUCGGAACAAAUCGUGGCUUCCGGACUCAGCCCAACGUCGGAUGGGAUGGAACUGUUUUGGGUGGGAAACAGUGA